AUGCAGCAGCCGGGCGGCGGGGACGGGAGCCUCUUGCUGCUCCCGCUGCUCCUGCUGCUGCGGGCGGGCAGCCGGGCGGAGCUGGGGGACGCCACGCAAGGAGCAAAUUCAUCAGUUGUUGCUGAUUUCAUGCCUACAUCAUCAUGGAACAUCUCAAGUGAAUUAGAUAAAGACUACUUCUUGACGCUUGAUGAACCUAUGAAUAACAUAACUACCACCCUCGGCCAGACCGCAGAACUGCACUGUAAAGUCUCUGGCAAUCCUCCUCCGACGGUCCGUUGGCUGAAAAACGAUGCGCCGGUUGUCCAAGAACCUCGGCGGAUCUCCUUCCGUGCCACAAGCUAUGGGUCUCGACUGCGAAUAAGGAACCUUGACACUACAGAUACCGGCUACUUCCAGUGUGUUGCAACUAAUGGCAGAAAGACGGUUUCUACAACUGGUGUGCUGUUUGUAAAAUUUGGUCCCCCGCCAACAGCAAGUCCAGGAUCAUCUGACGAGUAUGAAGAGGACGGUUUUUGCCAGCCCUACAGGGGGAUCGCUUGCGCACGAUUUAUUGGAAAUCGAACCAUUUAUAUGGAGUCUUUGCAUAUGCAAGGUGAAAUAGAAAAUCAGAUUACAGCUGCUUUCACCAUGAUUGGCACUUCCAGCCAUUUGUCGGAUAAAUGCUCCCAGUUUGCUAUUCCUUCGCUGUGCCAUUAUGCCUUCCCCUACUGCGAUGAGACUUCGUCAGCUCCCAAGCCACGAGACUUGUGCCGCGAUGAAUGUGAAAUUCUGGAAAAUGUCCUCUGUCAGACAGAGUAUAUUUUUGCAAGAUCUAAUCCCAUGAUUCUGAUGAGAUUAAAGCUGCCCAACUGUGAAGAUCUUCCCCAGCCAGAUAGCCCCGAAGCUGUCAAUUGUAUCCGGAUUGGGAUUCCAAUGGCAGAUCCCAUAAAUAAAAAUCACAAAUGCUACAACAGCACAGGAGUAGAUUACCGGGGGACGGUGAGUGUGACCAGGUCGGGGCGGCAGUGCCAGCCGUGGAACUCGCAGUACCCCCACACCCACACCUUCACCGCCAUCAGGUACCCCGAGCUCAACGGGGGCCACUCCUACUGCCGCAACCCGGGGAACCAGAAGGACGCCCCGUGGUGCUUCACCUUAGAUGAGAACUUUAAGUCUGAGCUUUGUGACGUCCCGGCAUGUGAUUAUAAGGAUUCCAAGGAAAAGAAUAAAAUGGAAAUCCUGUAUAUCCUGGUGCCAAGUGUUACUAUUCCCCUGGCCAUAGCCUUACUCUUCUUCUUCAUCUGCAUCUGUCGCAACAAUCAGAAGUCAUCCUCCCCUCCCGUUCAGAGACAGCCUAAACACGUAAGAGGACAAAAUGUGGAGAUGUCAAUGCUCAACGCCUAUAAACCAAAGAGUAAGGCUAAGGAGUUGCCUCUGUCUGCUGUUCGUUUCAUGGAAGAACUGGGUGAAUGUGCUUUCGGCAAGAUCUACAAGGGACAUCUCUACCUUCCAGGCAUGGAUCACGCUCAGCUCGUUGCUAUCAAGACACUAAAGGACUUUAACAACCCCCAGCAGUGGGCAGAGUUCCAGCAAGAAGCGUCGCUCAUGGCUGAGCUCCAUCACCCCAACAUCGUUUGCCUCUUAGGUGUUGUGACCCAGGAACAGCCUGUCUGCAUGCUUUUCGAGUACAUGAACCAAGGAGACCUCCAUGAGUUUCUCAUCAUGCGAUCGCCGCAUUCAGAUGUUGGAUGCAGCAGCGAUGAGGAUGGGACUGUAAAAUCCAGCCUGGACCACGGGGAUUUCCUGCAUAUUGCAGUCCAGAUUGCAGCAGGGAUGGAGUACUUAUCAAGUCAUUUUUUUGUCCAUAAAGAUCUCGCCGCUCGUAACAUUUUAAUUGGAGAACAACUUCAUGUGAAAAUUUCAGACCUUGGACUCUCGAGAGAAAUCUACUCGGCAGAUUAUUACAGAGUUCAAAACAAGUCUCUCUUGCCAAUUCGCUGGAUGCCACCGGAGGCAAUUAUGUACGGCAAGUUCUCUUCCGAUUCAGAUAUUUGGUCAUUUGGAGUUGUUUUAUGGGAAAUAUUCAGCUUUGGACUUCAACCGUAUUACGGAUUUAGUAAUCAAGAAGUCAUAGAGAUGAUCAGGAAAAGGCAACUGCUGCCGUGCUCUGAAGACUGUCCUCCCAGAAUGUAUAGCCUGAUGACAGAGUGCUGGCAUGAUCUGCCAUCCCGGAGGCCACGAUUUAAAGAAAUUCAUGCCAGGCUGCGCUCGUGGGAGGGUCUUUCAAGUCACACUAGUUCUACUACCCCCUCCGGUGGGAAUGCCACCACUCAAACGACUUCCCUCAGCGCAAGUCCCGUUAGUAAUCUCAGUAAUCCUAGGUACCCUAACUACAUGUUUCCAGCACAAGGUAUACCACAAGGCCAAAUCGCCGGGUUCAUCGGACCGCCAAUACCUCAAAACCAGCGAUAUAUCCCGAUCAAUGGGUACCCGAUUCCACCAGGAUAUGCUGCUUUCCCAGCUGCUCACUAUCAGCCGCAAGGUCCACCCAGGGUAAUCCAGCACUGUCCUCCUCCAAAGAGUCGUUCUCCGAGCAGCGCCAGCGGAUCGACUAGCACAGGUCACGUCACUAGUUUGCCGUCUUCGGGAUCCAACCAGGAAGCAAAUAUUCCUUUGCUAUCUCAUAUGUCAAUUCCUAGUCAUCCGGGGGGAAUCGGUAUUACAGUUUUUGGAAAUAAAACUCAAAAACCGUACAAAAUUGACUCAAAGCAGUCUUCCCUAUUAGGAGACUCCAGCAUCCAUGGACCUAAUGAAUCUAUGAUUUCAGCUGAAUUGUAAAUAAGCGAGGCCUUUGUAAAUAUAACUAUUUACAAUACAAACUAGAAAGUCGUAGAAAAGAUUUAUAUUCAAAUAUUUUAUUAAAGAUUCUUCUGGUUGUUUAACAGACAUUGCAGCAAGUAUCUUCUGUGAAGUUUAACUGCUUAACAGGAUGGGCAGACUCAACCAGACAAAGAUCAUUGUGGUAUGAAUACUCAGCUUGGUCAAUGGACGCAUUGUUUCUUUAAGUGCACCGACAAUUCAA